UACGCUUCGUUGCGGUACUCUGGCUUGUUUGACGCGCAUGAAAUACGAUAACGGUUGUCGGCGCUACGAAUUCGGUUUUAAUACCACAGUGCUUUUCCAUAUUGUUGCAGUGUAUUGAUAAUGGCGAGUGGUGUGUGAAAAGAAAAUUGAAAUCUAUCAAUUGAAUAAUUUGCCGACUUCCAGCAAUAAGUGAAUGAGAAACCGAGCACAUUGUUUUCUAGUGAAAAGUUACAAUUACUUUUUGCUCAUAAAAUUGCAGCUUUCAUGUGAUUUUUUUUUAGCUCCGUCGAAAGAAAAGAAUCUGCGACAUGUGUUUCUGUGCGAUGUCAAAUGCAGUAAAAUCCAGCUAAAUAUUUCUCGAAAAAAUUUCGUAUAAUUUUAAAAGUGCGCCACAUAUGCCGGUCAUAUGUUAAUAAAUAUAUAAUUUUCCAAGUGUUUGCAGCUUUUAGAAUUAUAAAAUUUGUCAUAAAAACCCAACAGCUGUGUUUGUGUCUGUAACAAUCUGUCAUACCUACAACUGCUGUGUGCUAUUGUCAUUUGUCAUUCAACGCAAAACAUUUUGCUUUCGAGCUGCGACAAUUUGAAAAGGAAAAUCAAAAGCUACAAGUGUAGUGGAUUAUUGAAAGAGAUGAUUUACUAGGGUAACCAACGCCGUAACAACUGACCGCGGACAGGACUUGUGAACGGACGCUGACAGCGACGACUGCAAAAGAAAUUCCAUUGGACGAACAUUCACGACCAGCCAAUUCCAAAGGCUCUUCUGCAUAAACCUCUCGAAAAGAACAACGAACUACCCCAAUGUUGUCCUUGAUUCGUGUGUAGCAACUGUGUGAAGUGGAACCAGGCAAUUGGAUGAAUUUUUCUACGCUUUGACGCGUCUGCCGCAUCGCUGCGCUGGAGAAUAGCAGUCACAUACUCGCAACGAGUGCACAAGCCACGUCACAAACUCGAAAUAAAAAACAACACAAAUUCCUAGCGUGGGAUGUCAGAAAAAUUGCGUCCGUCGAAAUUAACAAGCGGAAAUGUACAUGGACAAGCAAAAGUAGUAAGAGAAGCAGCAACAACAACAAAAACAAUAACGACCACGACAACCAGACCCAAAACGGGCAAAGCAUUAGCAGCUGAGUUACAGAAAAUGGCUAACAGCCAUUCCAACAGCUGCGGCAGUACCACCACCACCACCAAUACAGUGCCACAUAUUGGCGCACCCACUUUGAUAUCGACUACAUUGCAGCAAUUACCGCAUCCAACGACGACACCCACAACACCCAUCCUGCAAUCGCUAAGCGGAGGUGGUGGUCGAGUAGGCAGUGAUGCGGAUGCAGCCAACUUCCAUACAUCGAAUGCCGCCACGGGCAGUGAUACCGAGUCCUCGUCGGAUUAUAAUGCUGGUGGAGCUGCAGUUAGCUCGGGUGGCGCUGGUACACAAUUAAACUUUCAUUUGUUGCCGGAUGGGGGCGCCGCUGGCAUUACUGGCGAUAGUAAUUCAAUAAUGAACUCAUCACAAAUAUCUGGCAACUCCAAUGAGUCGAUGCAGUUGUCGAGUAGUCCAGCUGGUGGCGCUGGCGCUGUGGCAAGUAUUGCCGGCAAGGCGGGCGGCGGUGGCAAACAUUUGGCCGCACACAGUGUGGCAGGGAAAUCCUGUCGUUUUCCUAAGCUCGAAGAAUGCGCACACUUUCACUAUGAACGUGUGCAGUUGGGCGCAUUUUCGGUACGUCUGAUGGACGAUAAAUCCGAGCUACUCAACAGCAGCAUAGCAUCACAAUCGAUCGGUGGCGAUAUUGCCAGCAGUCAAUUGGUGGGGCAGGCGCUUAACAGCAGUGCCACCGGCGGCCCAGCAUCGUAUCGUUCCUUCUCGCCAGCGAAUUGUUGGUUCAUCAUUAAAGUUUUCCCGCACAACUGUGAUCCGUUUCUAGUGAAACGUUCCUUUGACAACAUGCAAAUGUUGGACGAAAUGUUGCAUCGUUGCGUCUACGAUCGCAAAAUAAGCGGUUUGAAGAAUCUGGAAGAAAUGGAUUUCAAAAGUGAGGAAGACGUCGAAUAUGCUGUGGCUAAGUAUCUCGAGCGCUUCUCAAAGAUCGCCUCCGAUUCGCUAACCUGCGGCACUAUACUCACCUGGCUGCAGCUGGACAAUAAGGGGCGGCGCUUGCCACUAGCCGAUGGCGAUACAAUGCGCACGAUCAAUACACCCGCUGUGGGCGCUGCCUAUGGCGUGCGUCGUUAUCAAGCGCAGGCAUCUGAUGAAAUUUCGAUCGAAGUGGGCGACAUGAUAUCCGUUAUUGAUAUGCCCAGUCCGGCUGAGUCGAUCUGGUGGCGCGGCAAGAAGUCACAUUUGCAAAAAUCUCAAUAUGAAGUUGGAUUCUUUCCGCAGUCGUGCGUGGCCACCAUCGGUGAUAAGGUGCCACGGCAUUUUCCGCUGCCUGCGCCAUUGGUCGGUCAGCUGGAUGUUUCGCCGACUAAGCCAGUGCUGCGUAAACACGGCAAACUGAUUGCUUUCUUUCGUUCAUUUAUACUAUCACGCCCAUCGCGGCGACGCCUCAAGCAGAGUGGUAUCUAUCGUGAGCGCGUAUUCUCCUGCGAUCUGUCGGAGCAUUUACUCAAUAGCGGCCAAGAAAUACCGAUGGUACUGAAGUGUUGCGCGGAAUUUAUUGAAGAAUAUGGCAUUGUUGAUGGCAUCUAUCGACUUUCGGGCAUAACUUCGAACAUACAGAAGUUGCGACGCGCCUUCGACGAGGAACGCAUACCGGAUUUGGGUAAUCCUGAGAUGAAACAAGAUAUACAUGCCGUUAGUUCGCUAUUGAAAAUGUACUUCCGCGAAUUGCCAAACCCUUUGUGUACAUACCAGUUGUAUGAUAACUUCGUGGAGGCCAUACAGGAGAAGAGCGAGUCAACUGAGCGGUUGCGACUGAUGAAGGAAACGGUCUUGAAGUUGCCGCCACCGCAUUAUCGCACUCUGAAAUACUUGGCCGAGCAUUUGAACCGCAUCUCGCAGCACUCUGCGCGCACCAGCAUGACUGACAAGAAUCUCGCGAUUGUCUGGGCUCCCAAUUUACUUCGUUCACCGGCUCUCGAGUCUGGCGGAGUGGCCGCUUUGCGCGGCGUAGGCGUACAAGCCGUCGUCACUGAGUACCUGAUACGCAAUUGUCACAACAUAUUCGAUGCAUUCGAUGACACGAACGUGCGACUAAGUUACAUCGCCACUGCAGGCGCCACACCAGCCACCGAGACGCGGCUCGACUCGCUAACAGAUUGCGAGAGUUUGCUGGUUGAACAGCGAGAGCAUGAUCAAUCGCUCAGCUACAUGGAGCGUCCCAAAAGUCUUAGCACCGGCGGCCCUAAACUAAUUAGUUUGGAGGAGGCUCAAGAGCGGCACUCACGCAUCGAUGGCAUCGAUAUGAAGUCUUCAAUGCCCAUCAAUAUGGUAGCCAGCAAUGCGGCUAAUAUUGGUUCAUAUAUCGAGGUUGGUGGUGGACCAUCCAGCCUGCCCGAUAAAUACCACACUGUGUUGUCGGUGCCACGUAGCUGGCAAAAGCGGAAAACGCACUCAUGGAAAUCGCUUUUCACGCGCAAUCAGCGGCCGAUUAGUAACGGCGCCCACGACUCGAAGAUUAUUGGCGCUGCGGGCGCAGCUGGCGGUAGUGAUACGCCACCAGCGCGACACAAAGAUGGCAGCCAUGCGCAGGUCACCUUCGCUGAGGCAGACUUGAUUAUUACAAACUCGGGUAAGGUGGGGAAGGCUUUGCACAAGCAGGAGAAACCGAAAUCGAUUGAACUAUUUGAUACCAGCAUUCGGCGCGACGAAGUAGCAGGCAAGCCGAUGGAAGUGUGUGUGCGUUCGAACUCCAUAGAUAGUCUACGCACAGCGGGUCACUCGCGCUCAGUCUCGCACGAUUCCUACUUUGACCUGCUACAGUCGCCGCAGCGCGGACUCGUAACCACUUGCCCUUCGCGUGAACUCUCCGAAUUGGGUUUGAACUUCGAUCGCGAAGAGCCGGAAAUGCGCAUCUUCUCUGAGAGUGAAUCGUUGGUGAGCUCGCCGCGCGUCGGCAAGGAGAAUAUACCACCAUCGUCGGGCGCUGCUUCACGUCGCAUAAUGCGCGCGCGCCCCGAGGAAUUCUCCAGUCAAACCAAUAGCGUAAACCCGAGUCCAAAGAAGCAACCGCGUCUGAAUUUGCAUCUGUCGCCGAGCGCCGCUUCAGCGCUCGCGAACAACUGGGCUCAGCAGGGCGCUAGCGCAGCAGGCGUGUCAGCAAGCGGAAUGCUGGAUGCUGCCGGCAACGAGUUGGCUUGCCAGGAACAUCGCGCACAUCUCUCCAGCGACGAGAGCUGCUGCAAGCGCUACAAGUUGGAGGAUCAGUUAUCUGAUAUACAAUUCAUUGACUGCGGCACGCCUGAGCACACCAUAGCCAAUUCACAGACGCUAUAUGCGAGCGUGCAAGUGCAUGCGCCACCCAAGUCAGCGCUGUCCAAAAGUUCACUGUAUAGUUCGACAGAGAGUGCCAACAAAUUGCAAGACGCCGUUAGCGCCAAGGCGGCGCAAUUCGAAAAGAAGUAUGGCAUUAGCACUAAGAGUGGUGAUAAGAAAACAUCUGCUGGCGCGGCAGCAGCCGCCGCAGCGGGUAGUAAUAUCAUUAGCACACGCUACAGCUAUCCCACAGUGCAAUUGGGCGCUAAGCGCAAGGAUCAAGAUUCAUUCAAAGAACGCUUCAGCUAUCCCGGCUCGGGGUUGAACAAUGAACGCCGCUUCUCGACAAAAGAUGCUGCAGCGCGUAUGCAAUUCGAGGAAGAGCUGUGCGCCAAACGUGAGCUCGAAAGCAUUACACAAGUACCUUAUGGCAGAAACACAAACUACAACAAUCAUACAUAUGCGCCCAAGAAUCUACCCGAAUUGUUGCGCUCGAAAAAUCGCAACAGCUACUGUAAUGCUAAUGCAACUGAGGCGCUGAAUUCGCUGUUAUUGCGCAACAGCGCCAAUGAAAUAACCAAAGAUGCCAAAUCAGAAAUGGAACGUUCGAAAAUUUCUGUUACCCCCUCCUCGCCCAUGCAAAGUCCACGCUACUCACUGUUGGUUGGCGAUACCAGUUCGGAAAAUAGCUCGGCGGUUAAUACGCCACAAUAUGAUUUGGAACCGUUAAUGGCUACCUCGGCAAUGUCUGGAUUGUCUGCACUGUCGGGCGUAUCUUCACUUCAUCAACAGCAGCAGCAGCCAUUGUUGUUGGGUGUGGACUCUGUCAGCUGUUUGGGCACCUCGCACGAGAGUCUCGGCAGCAGUAAUUUCACCUCACACUCGAACAUCACGAAUGCCUCGCAUCCAGAACGACGUGACAUGCACGCUCUUAAGCGAGAACUCUCACUCGAUUUACAACCGUUGAGCUCAAAAAUGACCAUCGAUAGCGUAGAUGCAAGUGGUAAUGGUGGCGCUGGACAUGCAUCAACGUUGCCCUACAAUAGACAGCGCGAAUUGGCACAGCAACUUAUACCUUCGCCUAACAACUCUAAUUUUACAGACAAUACUAGUCAGUCGGUGACACCCAGUGAAUUCGGCUAUCAGAACCUGCAACGUCAGUCCAGCAUGCAUUCGCUGAUUGAAACCGAGGCGGAAUCGCCAGCGUAUGAAGAAUACGAGAACACGCCCAGUAAUAUGGCUUCACCACUGCUGGGCGCGCACAAGCCGCCACCAAUAGGUGGACCAACGAGCCCGAUACGUGCUACGAUUAGCAUCACCUACAACAUGCGGAGUCCACGUGAAGAAUUGCCACCAACUAAAUCGUCUGUGGUAAUGCGCAAUAAGACGAAGACCAAGGGACCUUUGCUGGAGACAAGCUUUGAUGAGAACACAGUUUACGAGCAGGUGAAGUUCUUUCGAAAUUCGGUGACCGAGGUGAAUCAACUGCUGAGCGAUGAGCGCAAAAGCAGCAUGACGCUUGAGAGUCUAAAGGAGACCAAUGAAAAUGAGAUGCAAGAUUACAGCGCCUAUGAAAAUAUGCCUCUACUGGGCGAUAAAAAAGACUACAAGAGAAACGCUGCUAUGAAGGACUGCGACCCCGAUGUGCAGAUGAGUGGAGAGUCAAAUAUUUUAGAUAGCCUGGAAGAACCAUCCGAAGGUGAAGAGGACGAACGCUUGCUGUACGAAAAUGUAGAAAUGCGCAAGCCAAAGAGCAUCUAUGAAAAUCUUUUGGGUGAAGAUUUAAAAAGCGCCGAAGAAAAAGCGAAACAAGAGGCCUCUGACAAGCUGGAGUUGGAUAGCCUUGACAGCGUAAAAACGGACACGGACGUGGCGGCGCUCACUACGAAGUCACUACCUGAGGAACUUGCCUGCGCAACUGCAAAAGAGCUAGAACUCGAGGCGCCGCAUAGCGCAGGUAUAAUUGAGAAUUCAGCCCGCAAGUCUCCAUCGAACUUCAGUGUCAAAGAGCUCGCUACAAAGUUCGAAAGUUCGCCCGUCGAGCAGCUGCCUGCCUUUGAUUUCAGCUUCCGCAGCUCGAUUAAAAAGCACACAAGCGCAGUGGCCGAGUUGAAAGCCUCGCAAUCGAGUCUCACAUCGAAUGCUGAGCAGUCGGCAACAAAAGAUGUCGCAAAACCGAACCUCAAGCAAAAACUUACAAAAUCGCAACAAAUAACGCGCUCGUUAGAUGAAAACGCUUUCGUACGCGAAUUUGGCUCGAAGCAUCUGCAAGAGUUGAGUACUCGCAGCAGCCAACAGCUACCCGAACUGUCUGAGGUGUCCAAUCGCCGCAAGAGUUUCGACUUUACGCGCCCGAAAACACUAAAUCCGCCUAAGCGCUUGCCCGGCAUACCGAUCACCGAGGAGAUUUGUUUAUCGAAAAAUGAAAAGGCGCCUCCACCAGCAGCGCUCAAGCUGGAAAAGAGUCACAAUCAUGCAGCGGGCGAUGCAGCGCUGGAGAACGAUUAUGAAACAGCUGAGUUGAAAAUCACGCCAACCACAGAAAAUCGCAUUUCUCUCAUACAAAAUAAUGUGAGUUCCUCAACGCAGCAAACUGCAAACGCUGCAAAUGCUGCACACACCACCGCAUCAGCCCAUACUGCCAGCGCCAGCGAUUUGAGCAACUCAAAUUUGAAUCUCUCGACCACCAGCCUCAAAGUGUUAUCCGGCGUCAAACUGGACCGCGAACGCAUUGACAAAAUCAAAGAGGAACGCCGUCAGCAGCUGACGCAAAAGUAUCGUGGUGAUGCGACAAAUUUCAAAUCGCGCUCCAAAACUGAUCUACACACUUCAUCACACAAAGAUGACGACAAAUUCAAUGCACCCGAAUCGUUGCGUGUCAAAUCAAAAUCCCGCGGCGAUAUGCGCGCUCUUCAGCAGGAGAAUGAAAAUGUUAAGGAUUUGCUGGGACGCGCACGCCUACUUGCUGGCUCGGAAAGCACUUUGCAUGCGCCACGCGUGCGUAGUAUUUCCGAUGAGAAAAAUCAAAAUUGUGAUGUUAAUACUACAACUGCGACAACAGCAACAUCGGCUAGCAAUAAUUGCAAUUCAAAUGCAAAUGCAAAUGCGUCCGCGAUCGCUGUGUCCAAAGCAAAUGAAGCUGCUCAGACAACCAAUAUAAUAACAUCGUCGACGUCGUCGUCUGUGAAGAAGACUACCCUACAAGAGGAGUUUUCAGCGCGCGCCACUGUGCAAAAAUUCGAACGAAAGAGUUACGAAUUAGCUAACGGCACAGCAGGAGUGUUGGCUUCAAAUGCAGCAGCGCGCGAACGUAAUAGCAGGAGUGAGCUGAUGGGCAGUGGCAAUAAUGGAGCCAGUGGUGUGGGAAGUGUUGCGCCAUUGUCGACCAGCAGACAAAGUUUGACCUCAACGCGUGAGAAGAUUUCACCACAAUUCUCCAUACGUGAUAUGACGGCGAUGUUCGAAUCACGUUCACAAAAUUCUUAAUAAUAAUAAUCAAAAUAAAAAGAAUAUACAAAUAAGUCAAAAACGUUAAACGUGUAUUUAUGUCCGAACUUAACAUACAAACUUACACACAUACAUACAUACAUAUAUGCAUACUGCAACUAAAAUAUGAUAAAAAUCAUGCUACAACUAUAACGAGACAUACUUACACACAUACAUACAUAAAAAUUAAACUUACUUGAAAACUACGCAUACAUACAUACUUAUAUAUAUACAUAUACAAUUACAUAUAUAUAUAUAUAUAUAUAUAUAUCAACUUGAUCAUACAAUCAGGUAUGUCUUUUGCCGCAAAAAAAAAAACAAUAAUUGUAUUAAAAAAAAUAAUAAUUUAAUUUUUAUAUAAACGCUAAUGGAUAAAAAAUUAUAUGUAUGCAAACAAUAGUGUUUUAUGUAACAAAAAUAUUUGAUAAUUGAUAAACAAACAUUUGUACCACAUUAUUUCUAGCCAAAUUUACGCUGACAAAGCAAAAAACAGAAAAGAAAAUUAUGAGAAAAUUUGAGAAAACAAAACUUGACAUUUACUACAUAUUUAUGUAUGUAUGAAAAUAAGAAAUGAAUCAUUGUACGCAAUUUAUUCCAUUUAACCCUUUCUUAAGCAUAACUGUGCAUUUGCAAAGAAACAUCAAAUACAAUUUUAUGAAGAAAAAAAAAUUAAUUUUAACAUAAAUUUAAUUUAUGCUGUAUGUAAAAGAGUAUGUAUGAUUGCUAAUGAUUUUAUGAUGGAAAAUAUGUAUUGUAAUUAUUUUUAUUGUCAACAUUGUAGCUACAUAAAAAUUAAAAAAUUAUCCAAAGAAAAAAUAAGACAUUGUUUAAAUGUAAACAGGAAACAGGAAAUGCAUUUGAAGGGAGCACAGCCAUUUUUUGUUGGCAUAGAAAUGUAAGCGAUAACUGAGUGAUGAAAACGGAAAGAGAAACUUGAUAGAGAAGCAUCAUAAUAAUGAGACAAACAAAAACAAAGCAUUUCUUUUUAUAAAGAUUAAUUGUGUUACGAUAUUUUAGAUAUGUAUAAAAUUAAAUUAAGUAAGAAUUGCUAAAUAAUAAGUUUAACCUUAUAAUAUAUGUAUGUAUACAUGUGUAGCUAUGGAAAAGAAAGAAUGUUUGCGAAAUCUGAGUUAAAAAAUUAGUUGAGAUUUUUAGCCUAAAGAAAGUCUCAAGAACUUGUAAGCUAAUCAAAUGAGUCUAAGUUGCAUGAAAAAUUGUAUAAAUCACUACUCGCUUUUCUUCAUGUACAUACAUAGUGCGUAAAUGCAUACAUAAACUGGCUUACAUACAUACAUACAUGCAAAGGAACAUACAACAAAUUUUCAAUAACUUUUAGUGCUACAACAAUGUGGAAGUUUUUGAUGGAAUUUUGACUUAGGUUUUCGUCAUUCGCAGGAACCUCAACUUGUUAUAUUUUUUUUUUUUUAGAAAAAAUUGUAAUUAUAUUUAUUUCAAAAAUUGAAAUUCAAAAAAUAAAAGUCAUUCUAAUACAUACAUACAUAUUUUUAUGGAGAUUCGACUAUGCCCCAUAGAGAGAUCCACAAAAAAAAAGAAAACAUUUUUCGAAUUCGGUCCUGUCAUAAGGUCUGUUACAAUUUGAGUUUAGUUAAAAAAAAAAUUUUAUGAAGGUAUGAGUUUAAAGAUAUUGUUAAAGGUUUUUUAUUAUAAAAUGAUAGGCUUACUGAGAAAGAACAAGAUUUGAGCUCGGAAACCAGACCGUCCUCAUCUAACAGAUGUUUUGAUGAUGAUUGGAAGUCUAUUUAUACAAUUUUUCUAGCACUUCUACGCAUGGUCGUCUCCGUCUGACACUAUGCUCUACUUAAUAGGAGAUUCUAAGAAACGGAUCGAUGGAUAUGCCGAUUUUUUUAACAGCGUGAAUAUCAGACUAAAUUCAAAAUUUCAAAGUUUGUAACAGAACUUAUUAUGGCACUAUUAGGCGCUAUUUUUCGCGUUAAAAAAUUCACAUACAUACAUAUAUAAAAUAAUGAAAAAGCCGUAAACUCGUAGGCUAAAUGGCUAUUCUAAAACCCUACAUCGCUGCUACGCAACCGCGCGCGAACCUUUAUACAUUAUUUUAGUGACACAAGACUCACUCCACUACAGUGCAUUACAAAAUUUAUGAACAUAUGCAGUAGCUAUGUUCAUAGAAUAUCAACAAAUUGAUUGCAUAAAUACAUACAAGCAUACACACAUGCAUGCAUAAACGCAUAUACAUAUUCAUAGGACACACAUAUGUAUGUACAUUAGGGUGCUUCAUUUUCCAUACAAAAACAAAAUCUAUACUUAUUUGCCAUUGAACGAAGUUUAUUAUAUUAUUUUAAAAAAUAUUUAUGAAAAUAUUAAGAUUUAAACGUGGUGCAUCUAUUUGAAAAUACC